AUGCUAUUUUUAAUACUUUCAACAAAUGCGUGUGAUCAGUACACCGCAUUGCAAACUUAUGGAAAAAUUGAUUUUGAUUGUUCAAAAGAAUUGGAUAAUAUUUUUAAUUAUCUUAAUGACAGUAAUACUACACCAUUAAAUUUAACUGACGAAGAUAUUUCUACUGGAAAAUUAUCAUUGCGUGCUAUGAAAACUUAUUAUUUUGGCCUUCCGAAAAAUUAUUUUUAUUGUACCAAAAAUGUGGCUGGAGGAUAUUGUAAAGUAGAUGAAUAUUAUAAAUACCAAAACAACACCAAUACACAUACAUACAAUCAUCAUCACUACGGUAAUAAUAACAAUAAUCUAACAGAAUUAUGUGACUAUUGUACAAACACAACUAUUCAAAAUAUCGAACAAUACUACAUUACCAAUCCACCAACAACCAGUCAUCUUAAACAAAUUGUUGGUGACGAUUUCGAAAAUGGUCCUGAGAUUCCAAGUGAUCACUGCCCUCAAAACACAUCUAAUAUUACUAGUUCUAGUAGUUCUAGUUAUACUAGUGAUGCUGGUAUCAAACUCAAAAAUUUUAAAGAGAUUUAUUUGAAUUUUGGUAUUUUGAUGAUUUUGGUUUUUACAGGAAUUAAUUUUUUGAAUUAA